AUGUAAACAUUAUAGAAUAGAUUCUAAUACCUUGAAAAAGAUUUGUUAGGUCGUGGUUCUUUUGGAAGAGUUUACAAAGGGAAAGACACUUAAACUGGAGAGGCAGUAGCUAUAAAAAGUAAUUCUUCAUAUUUAUUGUUUAGUUAUGGAUAUGAGUUUGUUUGAUGAUCAAUUUAUGAUUGAUGCUUUACACAAAGAAAUUACAAUUAUGAAAUAACUUUAACAUCCAAAUAUUGUUAGACUUAUUGAAACAUUUGGUGAUUCAAAAUAAACUGUAAUUCUUAUUUAAUAACUUAUAAUAGGUAUUGAUUAUUGAACUUUGUGAUGGUGGUGAUUUAAGACACUUUUUAAGUAGACAUGGAGGAAUGCUUGAAGAAUCCUUAGCUUAACAAGUGAUGCAAUAAUUAAUGCUUGGAUUCUAGGAGAUGAUUAAAGCUGGAUAUAUUCAUAGAGACAUCAAACCAGAAAAUUCACUCAUUCAUAAGAAUGUACAUAAAGUUGCUGACUUUGGAUUUGCUACUAAAGCUGAUAUUACAGGAAGAUAAUUAAUUAGAGAUUGUGUUGGUACUCCAAUAUACAUGGCACCGUAACUCCUUCAAAAUACUGCAUAUACAGCAAAAUGUGACAUUUGGUCUAUUGGAGUGAUGGCUUAUGAGAUGCUCUAUGGCAGACAGCCUUGGCCUUGUAGAGAUCUCAAUUCCUACUUAUUAAAUAUUAAAUCUUCUCCAUUAAAGUUUCCAAUUGAAAAAAAAGUUUCAGAAUAAUUCAAAGAUUUCAUUAAAAAGUGUUUAACUAUUGACGAGAAUCAAAGAGUAGGUUGGAAUGAAGUUUUUAAACAUGAUGUAUUAAAGAUUUCUUAAGAAGAUAGAAAAUAUGUAUAAAUAUAUAUAUUUAUAAUUUAGGAUAAUUUUUAAGUUGAUGAGAUUUCCAAAUAAAUCUUAGCUAAUAUUUAAAAAAUUAUAUAAGCUAAGAAUUUAAAUGUAGAAUAAUAAUUCAAAAUAUUUGAUUAAGAUAAAGGUGGCCAUUUGGAUUUAAAUGAAUUUAAUAAUUUUGUUCAAGCAUUAGAUUCAAGAGUAACUCAUAAAGAAGUGGAACAUUUAUUUAAAUUAGUAGAUAAAAGUGGUGAUCAAAGAGUAAAUAUUGAUGAAUUUAAAAAAUUGUUUUGUGAUUAUGAUUACUCUAAUUUAAAAGAUGUUGCUGAAAGACUUAUUGUUGAUCUUAAAGAAAUUAUUAAAGCUAAUAAUUUGAAAAUAGAAGAAAUUUUUAAGAAUUUUGAUAAAGAUAAAUAAGGUGAUUUAGAUUUUGAUGAAUUUACUAAAUUAUGUCGUAUUGUUGCUCCUGCAUUGAAAAAUGAAGAAAUAUAAUUAGUAUUUACAAAAUUUGACAAAAAUAAUGAUAAAAAAAUUAGUUUUGAUGAAUUCAAGAGAGAACUCUCUUAUGGUACUGAUUAAGAUUCAUAAUUUAAUCCUGCUAAAGAAAAAGCAAAUGUAUAUUUAUAUAUUAUAAUUAUAUAGAAAAUACUUUCUGAAUUAGUAAGAAUUGUUAAAUAAAACAAUUUAAAAAUUGAAUAAAUAUUUUAAAACUUUGACAAAAAUAAGAAUUAAAAAUUAGAACUUGCAGAAUUUUAAUAAUUAUGUAAAGUUAUGGAUAAUUCAUCUACACUUGAAGAAUAAACUCUUGUUUUUAAGCUUGUUGACAAAAAUUAAGACAAUUUAGUAGACUUUUAAGAAUUUUCUGCAUUAUUCAAAUGA